AAACACCAUGUUUUAUUCAUAUGUCUUCACUGCAUGGGUGAUGGCUGUGGCCAUGGCUCAGGGAGGCAUCAUGCCACAUCAGGAAGACCCUUACACCGUGCCAAAACAACUGCUGAUAGGUGCUGGCGUGUCCGCUUUGCAGACAGAAGGGGCAUGGAACUCAUACGGGAAAGCUGAAAGCGCAGCAGACCACGUUUUGCACCUCGGCAAGCUUGGUAUGAAAAAUCCUCACGCGCAUGACGUGGCGGCUGACUCAUAUCACAAAUUCCGAGAGGACAUACGAAUGGCUGCACUUUUAAAGCUCAAGCUGUAUCGUUUCUCCUUCUCAUGGUCACGGCUCCUACCCAAAGCUGACGUUUCGGAACCUAACACAGAAGGUGUUAAGUUCUACCACGAGUUCAUCGACGAGAUCUUGCGCUACAACAUGACGCCAUUGGCUACGUUGUAUCAUUUCGACCAUCCACAACUACUUGAGACGAUGUUCAAAGGAUUUCAAGGGGAAGAAAUUGUAUCAUAUUUCACGGAGUACUCUCGAUUUGUAUUUGAAGAAUAUGGCUCAAAGGUUCAACUGUGGACUACUAUCAACGAGCCAAAUGUAUACUGCACGUACUUUCCACAUUUGUUUCUGACUUCCGGCCUAUACUCUCCUGAGGAUAUAGACCCGUACAAAUGCACGCGCCACACAAUCUUGGCCCAUGCGCAUGCAUAUCGCGAGUUCAAGACAGUUGGUCAUAAAGGUAUGCUCGGCUUCACGGCUACACUAGUCCAUGGCCGGCCAGCGUCCAACAGCCCAGAGGAUGUCUAUGCAGCGGACGUAUACAACCUUGCUCAAGCUGGGACUGUUCUUCACCCCGUUCGCUUCGGAGACUAUCCACAGCCUGUUAAAGAUGUCUUUGGAAGCAAGCUGCAACCAUUUUCCGAGGAAGAAAAACGACUGAUUAAUGGUACCGCGGAUUUCUUCGGUUUUAACGUCUAUUUUUCAAUGUCGGACAUAUCGUGGAAGGACCCCGAUGCCAACAGCACAAUAAAACCAAGUCAAAUGCUAGCAGGAUUGCUGGACCAACUAAAAUUUGUGUCCGUCGCAGAUACUAAAACUGAGCAAACCUCAGAAGCACUCUACUCGACGAUCUACCCUGAAACUAUUCGUGAUGCUGUUCUCUGGGCGUGGAACACUUAUAAGCUGCCCAUCAUUAUAACAGAGAACGGUCUCGGGGAUUAUCAUCUUGGAAAAGCAGACGGACUGAGAGCGGCCUAUUACAGUGCUUUUCUAAGGACUCUUGUGAAAACUAUGAAGGAAUUUAAAAUUAACGUCAUAGCGUACUGCGCCUGGAGCUUAAUAGACAACUUUGAGUGGACAGCUGAAUUCAGCCGACGGUUCGGGCUUGUCCAUAUCGAUUUUGACGACAAGAAUCUGACUCGCAGCCUGAAGGACUCAUCCUCAUUUUGGAUACAGAUGGCCGACUCUGGUGUAGUACCGUAUGUUGAAGUACCCACGUCCGCUGCAGGCAGCACUGGAAUGCACUCAUCCGUUAUCAUAACAGUUCUGAUAUUAUCAAGUGUAUUAUCGUCUUUGAAUAAAUAAAUAAUAAAAAAUAAAAUAAAAAAGGAAUCAAAGGA